UGCAGCCCCCAGCCCCCCUUUACGGCGACUGUGUUCCAGCUUCGUUGAGUCUGCUUGUUGGAAAAUAUUGUUGUUUUCUCGAAGAGUUUGCGACAAAUUCACGAAGCUAUUUCAAAAUGGGUAAUGAAAGUUCGCUGCCUAUGGAACUCUGUUCGAAUUUCGACGUAGAUGAGAUUAGAAGAUUAGGGAAAAGAUUUCGGAAGUUAGACUUGGAUAAUAGCGGAGCACUCAGCAUCGAUGAGUUUAUGUCCUUGCCCGAGUUACAACAAAACCCAUUAGUGCAGCGUGUAAUCGACAUAUUUGAUGCAGAUGGCAAUGGAGAAGUAGAUUUCAAAGAGUUUAUUCACGGAGUGUCUCAGUUCAGCGUUAAGGGUGACAAAGAGAGCAAAUUACGAUUUGCAUUUAGAAUUUAUGACAUGGAUAAUGACGGUUAUAUAAGCAACGGAGAGCUUUUCCAAGUGCUAAAAAUGAUGGUAGGCAAUAAUUUGAAGGAUACACAAUUGCAGCAAAUUGUUGAUAAAACAAUACUGUUUGCCGAUAAAGAUGAAGAUGGUAGGAUUAGUUUCGAAGAAUUUUGUUCUGUUGUUGGCAAUACAGAUAUUCAUAAGAAAAUGGUAGUUGAUGUUUAAGUGACCAA